UUCUUUCACAUGGCGGGAAUCUUAGUUUCACUUUGACGUUGUAAACAUCACGCUGCGUUUAUUGUGGAAAUUUUACACCCCAGCCAAAAUGUCGGAGCUUGACGAGUUCGGCGAUGGCAGCGAUGAGGAAGGAGAAGCAAUGACAGCAGCUGAAGUUUUACAGAAACUGGAAGAGGCUUGGCGGAAUGAAAAGUUUUCACCCGACUUGUUGGAUGCUAAAAUGGAUCUGGUGGAGUGUAUGUUGGAACAGUUGGUAGAGAUGGAAGAAAAUAUCAAACGGGCCAAACGGACUGAUAUGCGUGUCAGCAUUCACAGAAUGGAGAUUGACAGAAUUCGUUACAUCAUCAGCAGCUACCUCAGAUGUCGUCUACAAAAGGUUGAACGAUACACUGUACAUGUGUUAGAACAAGAAAGACAGAGGAAAGAAGAGGAUGCAUGUAGAAUGUCACCUGAAGAAUUUGUAUUUGCUAAAGAAUAUGCUGAAACUCUGGACGGUCAUUUCCGGUCGCUGGCUCUCCGACACAUGCCUCCUAACCUCCAAACACUAGACACAAAACAGACAGCCGUGCGACCAAACAUGGAUAAAUAUGUGUUCCUACAAGUAAACGAAGAUACAGAAGGGGUAUUGGUGGAGGAGGAAACUUUAGAAACAGGAGAGGAGAUUGUGGACUUACAGAAGGGUGACCAACACAUCAUGCAGUAUAAACCCAUAGCACCACUAGUCACUUCAGGGGCAGUGACGUUGAUCUAAGGGAACCAGGGACGCUGAUCUUACUCGACCAAGGACACUGAUCUUACUCGACCAGGGACACUGAUCUUACUCGACCAGGGACGCUGAUCUUACUCGACCAGGGACACUGAUCUUACUCGACCAGGGACACUGAUCUUACUCGACCAGGGACACUUAUCUUACUCGACCAGGGACACUGACCUUACUCGACCAGAGACACUGAUCUAACUUGACCAGGGACGCUGAUCUUACUCGACCAGGGAUGCUGAUCUUACUCGACCAGGGACGCUGAUCUUACUCGACCAGGGACACUGAUCUUACUCGACCAGGGACACUGAUCUUACUGGGGCAGUGACACUGAUCUUA